UCUGAGUCCUCACCUCUUCUGUCAACUGUACAUUCACAGCAACUCUCUCUCUCUAUACAAUUACCAACGAAGAUACAGCUAUACAUAGACUCCAUAGAUAUACCAUGUGUAUGAAUUGAAUGUCGAUAAUGUAAUGUUGCUAUUCAGAAGAAAGUAUAUGAUGAAUUUGACGAAUUAGGGUUUCGAUUUUGUAGAAAUGCCUGUGAAUAGGUAUCAGAUUAGGAACGAGUACAGCUUGGCCGAUCCGGAGUUGUACAAAGCUGCUGAUAAAGAUGAUCCAGAAGCUCUACUUGAAGGUGUUGCCAUGGCUGGACUUGUUGGUGUUUUGCGCCAGCUUGGUGACCUCGCCGAGUUUGCUGCUGAGAUAUUCCAUGACUUGCAUGAAGAAGUGAUGGCAACUGCUGCAAGAGGUCAUAGUCUAACGGUCAGGGUCAAGCAGCUUGAAGCGGAAUUUCCUUUGAUUGAGAGGGCAUUCCUCUCACAGACCAAUCACUCUUCUUUCUUCUAUAAUGCUGGUACUGAUUGGCAUCCUAAUCUGCGAAUCGACCAAAAUAUGGUUACAAGGGGAGAUUUACCUCGAUUUGUGAUGGACUCGUAUGAAGAAUGCAGAGGUCCACCUCGUUUAUUCCUUCUAGACAAGUUUGAUGUUGCUGGUGCUGGAGCAUGUCUGAAACGUUACACUGACCCUUCAUCCUUUAAAGUCGAGACAUCCUCUUAUGCAUUCACAACUUCAGAUCUUCAGAGGGAAAAGAAAACUCGCAAGACAAAGAAGAGAGGUUCACGUUGGAGAAAUGGGGAGACACCUGAGGUGUUGCCUACAUCACAUGCCAAACUCCAUCAGCUGUUCUUGGAGGAACGCAUUGAAAACAGUAUAAAUGUUCCUGCACAUCGCGUGAAAUUGAAAAGAAAGCUGAAUGGGUUUCCAUUUGAUCUGAAAACUGGGAAGAGCUAUAUGAAUAAGUUCUUGGAGGCUUCUUCACCAGAACAUAAAGUAGUCCAUGAAGUCGGUAUUGACUCAUCACCUUUGAGAUUGCCAUCGACUGAUGCCUAUGAAACUUCGGCGGACACGGAAGAUAUUAGACCACCGAGUCCUGAUAAGGAGGUGAUGUGGAGGAACAAGAGAGCAUCUUUAUCGCCAUCUCCACCACAAAUUGAAGAGAACAAUAGUCUAAGACCAUGCUUAGAUGAAGUCAAUGAGGAUCUCUCCCACUAUCGAGUGAGAGGAAUUUCCAGACGAAGCCAUAAAUCACAAUCAACUGAUAUCUUGCCUUCUAUUCAUAGCGUGGUUGAUGAAAAGGAAAUAGCAGUGGAUGGAGAAAGCCGAACAGACAGAGGUAUUGGUUAUGAGUCAGAUGAUGUUGCAAGUGAAAUAGAUAAUUAUGUCGAUGCCCUAACUACAAUGGAGCCAGAAUUAGAAACAGACUCUGAGCAGAGAGCCAGAAGGGAUUUGCACUUCUUGAACAGCAAAAAGCAAGUGUUAUGUCUGUCUUCUAGCAGUGAAAAGCUUCAAGCUCAAUCUUCAGAUUCUCAUUCAAUUGAGAACUCUACAUUAUCUGAUGAUGGGAAUAGUUAUUCUAAGAAAGAAAUAUCUAGUUUUUCCUGUUCUGAUUCCCCUAGCACUUCUGUUGAGAGUGUCCUCUUGGAGAGGGAAAGUUCUAGUAAGGGAGCUAAGACCUCUGAUACUUCAUGUGAGCAGCAAUCUGUUAAUGAGGAGACUCAAUUACCCCAGCCUCCAGAACACAGUGUUUAUGAUAGAAAAUGCAUUAUGGUAGCUAGGGAACCCUGUGGCAGUUGUGACUCUGUUGCAGGGAUGAGAGCUGAAACAAAUGAAAAUUUCGUCUCUCAUGGCAAGAGUGAAAAUCCUUUAACUACCAUUGCAGAAGAUGCAUCAAGUUUGCAGGUCAGUCAACCCCAUGCUCCUGUUAUCCUUGAUGCUCCAGAACAGAAUGGAAAUGAUUCACCAUCUAGAGCAUCCAUUGAUGUCAAGCUAACAGAUGAUUUGGUUGAUCGAAAUUUGAGGCUAGGUGAGAAUGUGUCUUGUGCAUCAAGUCAUUCUGAUAUUCCUUGGCAUGCCAGAGAUAACAUGCCACAGUCAAAAUCUUCUGAAAUCCAGCAUGAGAGCAAUUUAUAUAAUGAUGAUGCGAGUCUAGUUAAUAAUCUUCCCUUUACUUCUGAGCACCUUAACGUUCCUUCUGAAGACAGGCGUGAAGUGUUGUCUUCUGAUUAUCAGCAGUUACCCAAUUUGGAUGGUGAGGAUCCAUCGUUAGGUGAUGAUUCAGCCUCCUUAUGUAAUCUUCCUAAUUGUCCAUCAUCGAAAGAAGGUGAUACCUCACCUUCAUUGUUGGCUGUAAACCAUCCAAACCAUGUGGAUGGUGGUCUAGACAAUGAGAAUUCAAAUGGUAGUUCUGUUGGUUCAGUUCAGAUACUGGAUAUAUUGGGUGCUUCUGACAAAGAUACAUGCAUGAAGCCACAUAACCUCAGUACCAAAGAUAUUGAAGCUGGUGAUGCAGAUGAAGAGCAUGAAGAGACAUGUGGGGCAUUCAACGAUGCAGUUAUGUUUGAGCCAGGGGACCUCAGUAAGAGCUGUGGGGAAGAUGGCCUCGAUUUUGUUGAUGUGCUGAACCCUCAGAUUUCAGAAAUUGCAACUGAUAUUCAGCCACUUGAAUCUGGAGAAAUGGAUAUUUCAUGUUCUUGGCAGGAAAAUCCUGUAGAAGUUUCGAGUUUAACAAAAAUUGAUGAAAAGGUUAGUAUUGCCCCCAGUGAGCUUUUUUCUGGAAUUGCGUCCACUGGUUCGAUUACCUCUCCACAUCUCAAAUCAUUGACCAAUGAAGGUAUACUGUCAGAUGAGAUAGAAAAUAAGAUAGAUAAGUCUGAUGUCACAGAUGAGACUGCUUCGCCUCUUGCUGCGUUGGCCGAUAAGGAAGAUUUUGAUGAUCUACACUCAUCUUUAGAUCACAAAUUAUCUUCAGAAGAAUCUAUUUGCUUAAUUGGACAUUCCAGCCAGAAUGAAUUCGAAAUUGAUCUACCUAAUAGUCAUGCAGAAUCAAAGUUUAAGAUACAGACAGCUGAUACCCCAGAUUCUAACUCCUUUGUGCUUGAUACAUCAACCUAUCAUCCUCCCGAGACAGCAGUUGUUGAUACAGCCACUGGGAGAAAACUUUCUUUUGAUGCUGAAAACACUCUGGACUUGAACACUGCUCCGAGCCAACCACCAUUAAAAAAUUGGUGCUUGGAUACUGUAUCCUCCGAAAGGAGGAAAGUUGCUGAUUCCACUGAAGACGCCUCAUCUUUGCAAAUUUCUCUUGAAGAAGGAAAGGAUGAAUUAGAAGACAAUCAACCCAAUGAGGAAUUGCUGCACAAAGCUGAUUUGGACCAAUCACCUCUCUUGGAGAAGAUGCAAAGUCAUGUUGACAGAGCGUCUGAUGCUUCUUCCCAAUCUCUUCUGGCAAACCUUUCAAGUCAAGAUGCAGUCCCAGAUGUUUUAGCCCACAGCAGAAAUCAAGUUCUUCAACCUUUGCUAACUGAUUACUUUGCAGAAGAGAGGGCUGAGUCAGCAAUCCAUGAGCAAGUUAAAAGGGAAGUGCUGGAUAGUGGUGAGGCAAAGUCAAAGCCAUUACCUCUGUUAACCCAGCCACAACUGGUAGAUUGCUUUGACAUUGAACAAUCUGCUGAAGCUUCUUCAAUAUCUUCACAAACAGUGGGCCCCAGUCAUCCUUCAUUCCCUGAGCUUUUAUCACAGAGUAACCAAUAUACUUUGUCAUCUUUGUACAAAAAAGAUGAAGAGAUAGCAUGUAAAGAACCAGAUAAAGAGAGAUUGAUAGAUGAAGAUGCAGCUAAAGAGGUGCUGUUUGAAGAGGAACGCCUCUCCAAUCAUGUUGACAUAGUAGGAGCCCUCAAUGCUUCUUCGGUACCAUUUAUAGCAAAUGUUCCUAGUCAACUUUCGGUUUCGAAUCCCUUAUCUAUUAGCAGUCAUAAUGUCAAUCCUCUUGAAAACGGGAGUAUUUCUACCUCUCCUGGCUUUGCAUUGCUUCCCGAUGAACGCCAGAUCAGUCAGGCAGAAAUGCCCCCAUUGCCUCCUCUUCCUCCAAUUCAAUGGAGGAUGGGGAAACUACAUUCUUCCCCGGAUUCGGACGGGGAGCCAACACAGCAUUAUACAGGUGCCAAUCCAUCAAGUCUGGCAUCUAGGACUGAUCAGAAUGCUCAAACUGUGAAUCAAAACAUGCUUUCAGCUGUAGCUACAGAAAGUUCAGAACUUAUUGAUAUGUAUUCUGCUGAUAGCACGGCACUAUCAGGUCAAUAUCAUGAGGUGCAGCCACCUAGUUUGCAUGCUAUAAGAAGGGAGGCACAGCCUAUUAAUUGGAUCCCAGAUGUAACUUCUCUGGAUAAACCUUCUAUUGAUGUUUUGGGUUCAAGUGAAGAACUCAUCCAACGACAGAACCAAGUUGCUCCAGAAUUGCUUCCAGAGGAACAAGGCUCUGCUCAUUUGGAAGGAAAUCUGCGACUGCCAGUUAGUGAUGGAAUAAAGCCAAAAGCACCUCCGACAGAUACAGUGAUUACAGAUGCUUCUGAGUCAUUAUUCCAUGAACCAUCCCAGCCCCAGCAUCAUCCCCUCCAUCAGUUAGCACCGGAGACUUGCUUAAACAGAUCCAAUCUUGAAGAGACUCUCACAAGUUUGGAGAAAAAUGCAGUGACUCAUGGCACUGUUAUCCCAUCAUAUACAGAAAAUGCAAAGCCUGAUCAUAGCGUUCCAACUACAGAGGCAGAAAUUAUUUGGCCAGCUGUGGAGGAAGGAAACACUAAUGAGAUUCGCACAGUGAAACUACAAAGACCACGGACUCCAUUAAUUGAUGAUCUUGCUGCGCAUGACAAAAGCAAAUUGAGGAAGGUUACAGAGCGGGUUAGGCCUGAAAUACAUAAGGUUGAUGAAAGAGAUUCUCUCUUGCAGUUGAGGAAGGUUACAGAGCGGGCUAGGCCUGAAAUGCAGAAGGUUGAUGAAAGAGAUUCUCUCUUGCAGUUGAGGAAGGUUACAGAGCGGAUUAGGCCUGAAAUACAGAAGGUUGAUGAAAAAGAUUCUCUCUUGCAGUUGAGGAAGGUUACAGAGCGGGUUAUGCCUGAAAUACCGAAGGUUGAUGAAAGAGAUUCUCUAUUGGAACAAAUAAGGAAAAAGUCAUUCAAUCUGAAACCAACGGUUGCAACAAGGCCUAGUAUUCAGGGUCCUCAGACUAAUCUGAGAGUUGCUGCAAUUUUGGAGAAAGCAAAAACAAUUCGCCAGGCGUUUGCUGGAAGUGAUGAAGAGGAUGACGAAGAUUCUUGGAGUGAUUCAUGAAAAAUCUAGCACUAUGAUAAAUUGUGGGACACAUUCCCAGUGCCAUGGAUUCAGAAGAAUCUCGACCACAUUCUCAGUGAGUCAAGCUGAUGGUGAAAUAGAUUGGAAGUCUCUCUUCUCAGAAAAUUCCAUGCUUUUCUCACCUCUUGUAAAAUACUCUCCCUCUCCUGUCUCUCCGUCUGUAGCAUAUAGCUAAUUGUUAGUGUUGUCUCCACGUCAUAGUAUGGUAAGUAUAUUCAAUCAUGAGAUUGCGUGCAAGCGCGUUGUUAUUCAUUUUUCAUGUAAAGGCAGCUGCUAUAUAUUGCAUUUCUUGUUUACAAGUUUAGUGUAAAAGGCCUGGUCAAUUUUUGUAUCUACGAUAGUAAUGGCUUUGAUUUGUCCAAGAUUGCGAGAGUAUUAACGCUGCAAGUGUUGAAAUUUAUUGUAUACGUCAAUCAAACACUUCUGUUGUGUAUAAAAUACGGAUAUUUUGCUCA